GCCUGAGUGAAGCCGGCUGUGUGAGCUGGAACUCGGUGUUAAGCUGGUCGGCUGGCACGGGCUGGUUGGUCGGUUGGUUUGAGUUGGUAGCCAUGGCUCGACUCGCUGCGCUACUGCUGUUACCGGUUCUCUUUGAAUCCGUCUUUUCCAUUUCUUUCUUUUUACCGGUCAACUCGAGAAAGUGUUUACGGGAGGAGAUCCACAAAGACGUCCUGGUCACGGGAGAGUACGAUAUAGGCGAGCAGGCUAACACCAAAACGAACCUGAAGAUCACAGAUUCCUCCAUUCACACUCUUUACUCCAAGGAAGAUGCAAUGAAAGGAAAGUUUGCAUUCACCACAGAGGACUAUGACAUGUUUGAGGUGUGCUUCGAGAGCAAGUCACCCAUGGGGUCUGGAAGAGUGCCUGACCAGUUGGUCAAUCUGGUCAUGAAACACGGUGUGGAGGCCAAAAACUAUGAAGAGAUUGCCAAGGUGGAGAAGCUGAAGCCCCUCGAGGUCGAGCUGAGGCGACUGGAGGACCUGUCGGAGUCCAUCGUCAACGACUUUGCUUACAUGAAGAAGAGGGAGGAGGAGAUGAGGGACACCAAUGAGUCCACCAACACACGCGUGCUGUACUUCAGCAUAUUCUCCAUGUGCUGUCUCAUUGGGCUGGCUACAUGGCAGGUCUUCUACCUGCGGCGCUUCUUCAAGGCAAAGAAGCUGAUCGAGUAGAGCGGCUGCAAAGUCAGCCAUCAACACAUCCCAACAUCCACCCUCUUUGGACUAGCUUCAGCAAACAACAGCAAGUGGGGUUGAGGGGUUCAAAUUCUAGUUUUCACAGCUGUAAGAGAAAGAGAGUACCAAGGUCGUCCUCUGGAAAAAAAAAAAAAAAGAUUCACCUGCUUAUUUAGUGUUUUGAAACAUGAAAAGCGCUGUAGGGAGAAAUGCACUGUGAGACAUGGGAGGCGUAUGACGUUAUGUACGUCCAUCUCCAUGGUACUUCACGUUUCUGUCUGCACUGUUUUUGAAUGUUGCAGUUUACUUAAUAAGAACUUGUUCCUUCAAUCAGUUGAACAGUGAUGUUUGAUUUCGAGCUCGGUUUGGAUGGAUGUGCCAUGAGCGAAUGUCUUUUUGCCCUUCUGUUGGUGUACACAUUAUUUGCCAUGCCAAGCAAACUAGAUCCUUGGUGCCCUUUUUAUCAAGUGAAGGCUAUUUGAGAAGUGGUUUGUUUGUUCCUUUUUUGACGAGACAACCGGCAACCGCUUACACUUCUGUGUUAUGUCACUUAAUUUGCGUACAUGUUUGGUAGCUAAAUUUAACCGUGUCUUUAGUUUGUUUUUCAUAUUGUAAAUGCUACUUAGUUGCUUCUACAGGUAUAUUUUUGGGGUGGGUUGUGAGUUGUCAGAAUAAUAUUCUUAGUUAUAAAUUAGGUCACUUCUAUGAGCUCUUGCACGUUCUAGUUUUGUUUUUUGGAACACCUGAACUUUGGUUUGUCACCAAUCAGACGUAGCCAGAAACCAAAAAAAACCUUGUUGCAACAUUAUACUGUAUGUACAUGGCUAUGAGUAAUUUAACCACCUGACUUCUGUGAUGCGAUUCAUAUAUACUUGUGCAAGUUUCUAUGGAUGUGCAGUGGAUGGAAGUAUUCACAGGAAAAUGUAAAGUAGGCUAUCCAAACCUUUUCUGACAUUUCCUUUCCGUCAUACGACUUUUUCCUCUGUACACACUGGUACAUUUGACUCUCCUUUUGUAAUUUUCAAAACACGACUUCCCCAAUUACAGUACUCGCAGAUCCAUCCAGCGUGCUUCUUUUCCUUUUUAGAAAUACUUAACGAGGCUUGGGUUACAUGUGAAUGUGGGUGGCUGCAAAUAUUUGGAUUGUUUUUUUUGGCAGGGUUUAAUUGAGGCAUCUGUCAUGGAUACAUUUUUAACAAUGAACAUGCGCGUAGAGCGCACUCAAUGAUUUUUAUGUUGACUGAUAAAUUUUGUAAAUUUGUGUUGGGCUUUUAUUCAAUAAAAUAUUGGAUGGAUUUACAUUA